AUGUCCACUACAGAACAAUCUCAACCCCCGCAAUCUGAUGUUAAACCAAAGCCAGUUAUAUUCUGUAUCGGUAUGGCUGGUUCAGGUAAAACCACAUUCAUGCAAAGGUUAAAUUCCCAUAUCCAUUCUAAAAAACAAAUUCCAUAUGUUAUCAAUUUGGACCCUGCUGUACUUAAAGUUCCAUUUGGUGCUAAUAUCGACAUAAGAGACUCAAUAAAGUAUAAAAAAGUGAUGGAGGAGUAUAAUUUGGGACCAAAUGGUGCCAUUGUCACAUCAUUAAAUUUAUUUUCUACCAAAAUUGAUCAAGUUAUUAAAUUGGUUGAUAAGAAACAAGAUAAGAUCUCUGAUGUAAUUAUAGAUACACCAGGCCAAAUUGAAUGUUUUAUAUGGAGUGCUAGUGGGUCUAUUAUAACUGAAGCUUUUGCAUCGUCUUACCCCACGGUAAUUGCUUAUAUUGUUGAUACACCAAGAACAACGAGUCCAACUACAUUCAUGUCUAAUAUGCUUUAUGCUUGCUCCAUAUUAUACAAGACUAAGCUUCCCAUGAUAGUGGUAUUCAACAAGACUGAUGUGCAGGGUUGUGAUUUUGCCAAAGAAUGGAUGAGUGAUUUCGAAACUUUCCAAAUGGCAGUGCAAAAGGACCAAGAAGAAAACCAAGAACAAAGUAGUGGAUAUAUGAGUAGUUUGGUAAACUCAAUGUCGUUAAUGUUGGAAGAGUUUUACUCUAAUUUGGAUGUCGUUGGAGUUAGUUCAUAUACAGGCCAAGGAUUUGAUGAAUUUAUGGAUGCAGUAGAUAACAAAGUCGAUGAGUAUAAUGAAUUUUACAAAGCGGAAAGAGAAAGAAUAUUGAAAAAGAAGGAAGAAGAUGAGAAAAAGAGACAGACUAAAUCAUUGAACAAGUUGAUGAAAGAUAUGGACAUGAAAGAUAAAAAGAAACCAGGUCAAGAAGGUGAAGUUCUAUCUGAUUUUGACGACGACGACGAAGUAGACGAAGAAUUACAAGGUGAAGUCUUGCCUGAUGAGGAAGAAGAAGCGCGUGAAUUGGCCGAGUUGGGAAACCCAUCUAGGGAAUACACUUUUGCUGAAGAUCGUCAAUCGGAAUUGGACCCAACCAAGGAUGCUGAUUUACAAGCAAGGUAUCAACAAGCAAUGGAAGCCAGAGGAAAACCAGUGUCUUCGCAAACGGCAGAAAAUAUCGCUAGAUACAUCAAUAGAACACAAUAA